AUGACAGCGGCUCUACUGUCAACCUCUUACCCUAGCGCCCCAACUCCAGCCGUCCAGAAAGCAGUCCUGGCUGCUGCGUCAAGCCAGCAUGCUCGAACCAAUCUCAUCCGCCUCGUCAAGUCACUCGAGGUAAAAGCAGCGGACAGUGAUUACGACGAGUCUUCAGUGGCGCUCAAGAAAGAAUGGGAGACGGUGCUCUAUGCUCGAGCAUUGCUGGAUCGGCUUCAAUAUGUCAAUGAACAAUCUUCCAGCUCCACAGCUGCAUUCACCGACCUUGAUCGCUCUUUACGCACAGUCGAGACAGUCUUUCGCAGGCGACUGAUAUCGCCAUCUCCUACACCGUCUUCCAAUCCAGCUCUGAUCGCCUUACCCAUGUCUUCCUCUUCCUCCAAUCAGACAAAUUCAUCUCCGGUCGACAAAUUCGCACUUCCCUCCAACGAGUUUUAUGAGGAGUCUCGACUAGCUCCAUUGCCAAGAGCACAGCCUACCACAGUCAGAAGCGCGAGACGACGACGGGCUCAAACGGAUGACUAUCUUGCCAAGAUAAACCGAGAACAUACUACUGGCGACCAUGCCAGUCUUUUGCCUCUCAAACUGGAGGAGACUCGGGAGCCACAUGGGAACAGUGUGGCCGGUGAUAGAGAUAAUUUGCUGAGAGGUAUCGCGCCAGAAAGUGGUCUCGGAGCCGCUCAGUUGCAUGAAGAGCUUGGGGGCCAGCUUGCCGAUAUGUCCCAUCGCCUAAAACUUAAUGCUGUCCACUUCUCCAAUUCUCUAGAGAAUGAAAAGCAUCUCAUAGAUGACUCACAAGACGCACUUGAGAAAAAUCUGGCGUCUACCCGUACCAACAAAAAGGGACUGGCGACUGUAUCAAAGAAGAGUAGGGGAACGACGUGUAUGACGUUUGGCAUCAUCUUGAUGGUGCUUUUGCUCUUCAUGUGGACGUACAUGCUCAUCCGAUUUACUUGA